AUGAAAGGGGUGGUGUUCUACAACCAGCACGAUGUGCGCUACCAGACCGAUGUCGCCGAGCCCCAGAUCGAGCACCCUACUCAGGUGAAGAUCAAGCCGAGAUUCUGUGGCAUUUGUGGUAGCGACUUACACGAGUAUGAGGAAGGCCCUAUCUUGUUUCAGUGUCCCCGAAACCCAAUCUCCGAUAAACCUUACCAGCAGUGUAUGGGCCACGAGAUGUGCGGCGAGGUGGUCGCCGUGGGUUCGGCGGUCACCGAUAUCGCUGUCGGCGACCAAGUUGUCGUCGAGGCGACGGCGCUGUGUAUUGACCGCGCUCUAUUGGAACAGCCAGGCUCCGAGCUCUGUGAGGCCUGCGCCCACGGUAAAACCAACGCCUGCCACCAGAUCUCAUUUGUCGGUUUAGGAUUCAUGGGCGGCGGUUUCGCCGAGUACUGUGUCGUCGACCAGUACCACUGUGUCAAGUAUGACCCCGACGUGAUCCCCAACGACAUCGCCGCCCUCGUCGAGCCGUUGCUGGUGGCGUGGCACGCGAUUGAAGUGGCUAAGGUUAAGCCGAGCCACCUGGCUUUGGUGCUUGGAGCGGGGCCCAUUGGUCUCUGUGUGGUGUUGGCGUUAAAGGCUCAAGGAUUACGCCACAUCGUGGUGCUGGAACCAGCGCCAGCACGCCGAGCGCUCGCUAACCUGUUUGGGGCUAUCGUCUACGACCCGACGCUGGCGGCGCUGGUGGCGGAACUGGACGAGGCGUUGCGCCAGAUGAGCGCCGGCGGGUUAGGCUACGACCGGGCCUACGACUGUCUGGGGAUCCCCGUCACCUUCAAUUGCAUGGUCCAGAGUCUCCGUCUGGGCGGCGUCGGCACCAACGUCGCCAUCUGGCCUCCGCGCCCCGUGCCGCUCAUGGUGAUGGACUUGACGCUCCGCGAGCGGUUCAUCGUGGGGCUGAUGUGCUACACCCGCGCCGACUUUGAGCUGGUGGUGGCGGCGUUUGAGGCGAAGAAGUUCCACCCGGAAGAGGUGAGACAGUUGGUCACGAAAGUGGUGCCGUUGCCAGACACUGUCAGCGGUGGCUUUGACGAGCUAUUGAAAAAUCGCGCCGCCCACAUCAAGAUCUUGAUUGACAGCGGCAGCGGGUGA